AUGUGGAAGUUCCCUAAGAUUAACAAGAAAGUAGAAACCAUUCAAGCUGUGGCGCGUUCGUGGUCUGGCUACUUGGAUUCGCUGCUAGGAAAUGUCAUCUCAAAUACUACCAUUGCACGAGUAGGACGCAUCCAGAGCUCGUCGUUUUUCGGUGACUACCCCGAUGUGGUCGCAUUUAUUUUGAUCGUCGUCGUGGGCAUUUUUGUUGCGAUGGGAUCGAAGGCCUCCACCAAUUUUAAUUCGACGUUCACCAUCGUGAAUAUGGCU